CUAAACCCACAACAUUGAAAUCAGUCUGUAUAAGCAGUAAAGCAUGCUUGUUACACUGACUGUGGAACCUAAGGGGUUAAUCCUCUGCGUUGUGAAAAUAUGCUGUUUGAUCCCGACUUCUCAGUUUCUCCCUUUUUUCAGUGUUCCCCUCUUAUCUCCUGAUAAGACAUAUUGGUGUGUAUUGAGAGGUUUAUUUUCCUUGGGAGAGUGUAUGUAAUCAGCACAGGGCCAAUCGGCACUGUCCAGACAGAGGUCAGGGUUUCUGCAUCCUCCUAGAGUAAAAUGAAAACUCCUCCUACAAGCGCACUUCCGAAGUCACAAGACUGCUCUAACUGCUGAUGAGAAAAGGUAUUUAGCAGUUUAUAUUUACUAAAAUAAUUGCACUUCCAUGUUCUGUGUACUGUGGGAGACCAGAUAUAGUGAAU